AGGAGGAAGAGGGUGUGCAGGUUUGAUCUUUUCUGCAUAAAGCUCGUGGAUACUGAAGGAAAUUUACUUCGCUGGGUAAAUAUAGACGAAAUCUUUUGCAAGCUACCUUUACAAGCGAGGAGACGACUGUUUUGGUGAAGCUGGUGUGAAGACUGGGAACAAACUCUGGACAAUAUUAGAAGCAAUUUCAUUGGCUAGCUUCGCAAACGUCACAUACCGGAAAUGUGAAGAUAUUUCACUGAAGUUCAUUGGUUGAAUUGAAUCACCUAUUAUUUUGAGAAACGCGCAGAAAGCUUCCUUCUGAUUGGCUGGUAAAUUAGUAACCGUUCACAACCCCCGCUCAAGCCGUAAAGCGCAUGACGAAUGGCUCGCGUUAGCGCCUGGGAGAGGAGGGAUCUGUGUAAAAUUUGACCGACUCGUUGCGAUUUUCGAGACAUUUCUUCUCUCAUUUUGUGUUAUAUGGAGUGCACACACGUAGGGCAAGCCGUGAAAGUCAGUUCACAGCUUAUUCAGAAGAUACGCCGCGAAAAAGCGGCGCAGUGGACUUGCUCAACUUGUAGAUCAACAAAGAGCCCAUGGAUUUGUCUACGAUGUGGAUCCAUCAACUGCGGAAGGUAUGUGAAUGGUCAUGCCAAAGCUCACUACGAGGACAAUCAACAACAUUCUGUCUGUCUGGAUGCAAGUUUGACGGCUUUUUGCUACGCUUGUGAUGAAUUUGUUAUAAAUGACACAAAAUCCGGAGAUAUACAGAGGGUUCGAGAAAUCAUGUUGGAAAGAGAAAAUAGGAAACGUCAUUUACAAGAUUCUUCAUCUCCUGAAAGGCAAAAGAAAGCUUCAAAAGCAAAUCAAGAAAAUAUAGGACGGGUGAAAUACCUACCAGGUCUUCGAAACCUUGGAAACACAUGUUUUAUGAAUGCAGUGUUACAAUCUUUGAGUAAUAUUCAGUCAUUCAGCUGUUACUUUAAGGAUCUUCCAGCCUUUGAGCUGAGAACAGAUAACUCAUGUGGAAAACAGCCUUACUUCACUAGAAGCAGAAAAACAGAUGAAGGAUCUGUAGUGGAAGAGUUGCGUAAAGUACUUUGUGCUUUGUGGCAUGGUGGAGGUGUCACACACUCUCCUGAUGCACUAUUCUCUGUUGUGUGGAAGGUUGUGCCAAGAUUCAGAGGCUAUCAACAACAAGAUGCACAUGAAUUUAUGCACUACCUGUUGGACAGAGUGCACACGGAACUUCUUCUGUCGCCUAAGUGCUUUGGUACAACAGAGACCAUCAUUACGGGGAUAUUUGGUGGCCUUUUACAUAGCGAGGUCAAAUGUUUAGUAUGCGGAACAGAGUCAAAGAAGUAUGAUCCAUUUCUAGAUUUAUCCUUGGAGAUUCCAGCAGAAUUUCAAAUUAGAAAAUCAAAGUCUAGAGACCCACAAGUUUGUCGACUUGAAGGUAAAAAACAAAAUUACUUCAAUAAUGACUCCUCUUCACCUGGCCACUUGGAUGAGAACCCAAACCCAAAAGCAUUUCUGUUUGAUCUGGCUGCUGUUGUUGUUCAUCAUGGCAGUGGAGUGAGUGCUGGUCACUACACAACAUUUGCAUUUCAUGAGGGACUUUGGUAUAAUUUCAAUGACAGCACUGUCACGCAAUCAGACGAAGGUCACGUGAGUCGAAGCAAAGGCUACAUUUUAUUUUACACACGCAGGCAUCCCAACAUGGCUAUCCUGGACAAGAUUAGAAAAUAAAUUUAUGUUCAUCAAUUCGUUACUCAGUAAUUGACAUAAUUUGUAUCUAACACUCCUAUAGUAAACCUGUUAAACUUUUGUUCUUGAGCUCGAUGCGAAGUAAUAGGGAAGAAGUUCUUUAUUUUCAAAGAAUUCCUUUCAAUUUGAUUCAUUAUGAAUGUCAUUAACCUAUCCGGAAUUGAUGCGAAGCCUUCGGGAUGACUUACAAGUUCUUGUUCCAUGUCUUAAUUCUCAAUAAGCACAUACAUGACUUUGUCUGGAUUUAUUUAGGAGAAUAUUACUACUGAUCGCACAAGGAAACACUUGCACCAGCUUUUUCUGCUCCAUAAAACGUUUCUAAAAACGCUAAAGAGUUUCCCGUUGUCGCACGUUCUGCAGUUUAUGUUAAAAGGAUAUUGAGUUAAAAUGUCUUUGAGGUGAUUCGUCAAUUGGUAGCGUGCCCUCUUGCCCUCUCUUCCUGCAACACUCGAAAAGCAGGAAUAUCUCUUCAAAGUGCCUGUUAUAAAAAAAAUUGUUCAUAAGGAACACUUAGAACUUCCUUGUAUUCCCGCACGAAAAAAAAAACAAAGCAAUAUAAUGUGGUAUUGCCCUAGUUUAUCAUAAAUUUCUAAAUGGUAAAAUAACAAUUAAAUCUCUAACGGAAACAAACUGACUACUACAAAGACGUUAUAUUUCUCAGAAUUUAUUUUUUAAAAUCUUUGGUUAUCUGUUUUCGCUAUUUCUAACUCGGUCACAUCAAGCUUGUAAGGCGGGUCUUUGUGGCGUAGAAAUAUAUAUUUCAACUCCGAUGUAAUCCAAUUCGAGCUGUUUUUUCCAACCUAGUCUCGUAGAAUUUGAGCACGGCAGUCGGUUCCAUUCUCGAAACAACUCCCACAGUUUUCUUCACCACUUUUUUCUUUGACCUUUUUCGUAGUUUCCUUCGAAGCCUCUUUUCGUGUCGUCACGCAAUGCUUUCCCCCAAAACAGAAAAGUGGCGUGACAACUCUGCUAUGCUUUUCUGGUAUUGCUAUUCUUCUAAAUAUGUAAGAAGGAACUAUGAGGUCCUGUCGUUAUUAUUGUAUAUAGUCAAAUAAAAAUGUCUGAAGCACUGUAAUUAUAGUAAGACGAGAUGUUUGUCCACAAGCUCAAUGUAAAUAACAAUAAAGUGCACUUUUCAAA